UCGGGCCGUGUAAGAUGGAGAUCCAUUUGCCUAGUGUGCCAGUGCUGGAAAUCUUCUCCUAUCUGGAUGCCUUCAGCUUGCUCCAAGCUGCCCAAGUGAACAAGAAUUGGAAUGAGCUUGCAGACAGUGAUUUCCUCUGGAGGAAGCUGUGUCUGAAGAGAUGGUUCUAUCCAGACAUGCUUCUAAAGUGGAGGGGCAAACAGAGGUGGAAGCUGUUCUUCCUUCAGAAGAUAAGGCAAGAGCACUCUUUGUCCCAGGCAAAGCCAGAAGACAUCAUCUACAGAGAAAUGCCCGGGGACUUUGGAACUCUGGGAAAUGCGAGCUACCUCUCAGAGAGUGGCUUAACAGUGGACGGACAAGGAAAAUCGGUGGUGUGUUUGGUAACUUCCAUGACAAAGCUUACCACCUGGGAUAUUAGAAAGGGUAUUAUGACCUGGUUAAGUCCAGUACAGCCCACCUAUAUCCUGAAACUGGCUACCCUCCCAGAGAUGCAACUUGUGAUCACCACCGAUUUGGAUUCAACCAUCAAAGUGUGGAACUGUCUUGACAAGGAUGCUCUGGCAACCAGCCAUAUGUCUGAUUCCUGUCAGUCGCUGAAAGCUGUCAUUACAAGGGAUGGCCCAGUCGUCUUGGCCGGUGGCACUUCCGGUGACCUUUUCACAUAUAGGAUUCCCGACUUACUGCUUAUUUCUAGAGUCCAUGCAAUGGACGUCCCCAUUAACCAGCUCUACUGCUCUCCUCACAACAAGUGGGUCUUUCUGAAUAAGAAACAGCCCCGCGUCUUGCCAAAGGUGUUUUUCAUGGACUGCUUACUGAGGCCAGCAGAGUAUCCCACCCCUGUGUUCUGUGUCAUCUCAUUUACAUUAUGCAUCAGAGGCUUCUGGACCCCACGGAGGGAAGACCGGAUAACGCUGAUGUACCAGAGAGGUGCCUAUAGAACCUCAGGAUUUGCCACAUUCGAUAUAGAACUGGAAAAGACAGAGAACAAAAUAAAUGUUGAAGCACGUGCAAUAGCAAGCUUCAAGUUGCCACAUCAAAUAGAGAGCCCAGAAUGGAUGGGAGUCAGUGAUAAGAAUGUGAUUGUGUGUUCAAGUGGGGCAUCUUUAUUAGUGUACAGCAUGACGGGCCUCCAGCUGCAGAUGUUUCGGGACUACCCGGAAGAGAUCAUACGGCUACUGGUGAAUCCCGUGUACGUCAUUGUCACAUUUAUUGACGGCUGUUUGGAGGUGUACAAGUGGGAGGAGAAAAGUCAUUACCUCAUGAGGUGUUACCGCCUGCAAAACCUAAGACAUAUGGGGCCACAAAGCAUGAUUACCAAAACACUGUGUGACAAUAUGAGCAUAGCUCGAGUGGUGACAAAAGGUGCACACUGCUGCUUUCUGAUGGCGUAUGUUUUGAAACACUGCUCUUGA